UUGGAAGCCCCUCUCCGAGGCAGGCCCCAUGGGGCGCCUGGGUCUAGGUCCUGGCGACCCGGCCCAAAGUCAGCUGGGGGCCCUCGCCUCCAGCCGGGUCCUCACACUUCCAUCCAGGCGCGCUGGGGCGCAGGCAACGCAAAUUCCUAGAAGCGGUCGGAGGCUGCCCGGCGCUGGAAGUUAGCAUCCCCCAAGAACGCCCAAGGUCCGUGCUCACACACAGACCGGAGGCGGGCAUGGGGAGAGAGGACGCCCCUCGGCCAUCCGCGCCCACCCCGGAGCUCAGUCUGAAGCCCGAGCUAACCCCAGGGCAUCUGAGGCGCGCGGCUCCGAGCAGGAGGAGCAGCCCCGGGGCAGCGCGUCCCGGCCAUGGCGGCCCCUCGCCCGCCCCCCGCGAUCUCCGUCUCGGUCUCGGCUCCGGCUUUCUACGCCCCGCAGAAGAAGUUCGGCCCAGUGGUGGCCCCUAAACCCAAAGUGAAUCCUUUCCGGCUUGGAGACAGCGAGUCUCCCGCGGCAGCAGGGGCCCAGCGCGCACAGAUGGGCCGGGUCGGUGAGAUCCCCCCGCCGCCCCCGGAAGACUUUCCCUUGCCCCCGCCUCCGGUACUUGGGGAUGGCGACGACACGGAGGGUGCCCUGGGAGGUGCCUUCCCACCCCCGCCACCCCCCAUCGAGGAGCCGUUUCCUCCUGCGCCUCUGGAGGAGGACAUCUUCCCCUCCCCGCCACCCCCGCUGGAGGAGGAGGGGGGGCUUGAGGCCCCCACCCAGCUCCCAUCACAGUCCAGGGAGAAGGUGAGCAGUAUUGACCUGGAGAUCGACUCUCUGUCCUCGCUGCUGGAUGACAUGACCAAGAAUGACCCCUUCAAAGCUCGGGUGUCCUCCGGAUAUGUACCCCCACCCGUUGUGGUUCCAAAGCCCAGUCCUAAGCCUGCAGCUGGAGGUGCAGCACCCCUGCCUCCUUGGAAAGCAUCUUCUAGUGCCCAGCCUGCACCCCAGCCUCAGCCUCAGAGCCAGACACUGUUCCACGUCCAGUCCCAGCCUAAGCCCCAGGUUCAGCUCCAUGUACAGCCCCAGGGCAAGCCCCAGGUUCAGCCUGUGUCUUCUGCUAACACCCAGCCCCGGGGGCCACCAGCUCCUGCUCCCCCAGUUCCGACUCCGGCUUCCACUCCGGCUCCUAAGUUUUCUCCAGUGGCGUCCAAGUUUACUCCCGUGGCGUCUAAGUUCAGCCCUGGAGCCCCAGGUGGACCUGGGUCACAGCCAAGUCAAAAACUGGGGUCACCCGAGGCUCCCUCCACCACUGCCACUGGCUCCCCUAAGCCCCCUGGCUCCACCUAUGUGCAGCAGAGGGAGAAGCCCCGAGUUCAGGAGAAGCAGCAGCCAACGCCCCAUCCAACCCAAAACCAAAGCCAGGGGCGCUCUCCUGGGGCUCCCGGUCCCCUGACCCUGAGGGAAGUAGAGCAGCUGGAGGAGCUGACUCAGAAGCUGAUGCAGGACAUGGAACAUCCUCAGAGGCAGAACAUGGCUGAGAACAUGGCCGUGAAUGAGUCCUGUGGCCGGUGCCAUCAGCCGCUGGCACGUGCACAGCCUGCUGUCCGAGCCCUAGGGCAGCUCUUCCAUAUCACCUGCUUUACCUGCCAUCAGUGCCAGCAGCAGCUGCAGGGACAGCAGUUCUACAGCCUGGAGGGGGCGCCAUAUUGUGAGGGCUGCUACACUGAUACCCUGGAAAAGUGCCACACCUGUGGGCAGCCCAUCACAGACCGCAUGCUGAGAGCCACGGGCAAAGCCUACCACCCGCACUGCUUCACCUGCGUGGUCUGUGCCUGUCCCCUGGAGGGCACCUCCUUCAUCGUGGACCAAGCUAACAAGCCCCAUUGUGUCCCCGACUACCACAAGCAGUAUGCCCCACGGUGCUCUGUCUGCACAGAGCCCAUCAUGCCGGAGCCUGGCCGUGAUGAGACUGUUCGAGUGGUCGCUCUGGACAAGAACUUCCACAUGAAGUGUUACAAGUGUGAGGACUGUGGGAAGCCCUUGUCUAUUGAGGCGGAUGACAAUGGCUGCUUCCCCCUGGACGGCCAUGUGCUGUGUCGGAAUUGCCACAGAGCCCGAGCCCAGACCUGAGUGAGGGCUCCUUCUGUGUCACAGGUCCUCUCCCACACCACAGACCACCCAUACUGAGACCAGCCUCACCUCCACCCGCCCUGCCUUCCUCCAUUCCAAACCCCUCCUCAUUAUCUCAAGUGCCCUGACCCUGCGCCCAGCAUGGCCCACUAGGCCUGCAGGGAUGGCCUGCCCGUCCUCCAGGUCCCCGCCCGAGGGGGCACCAGUUUAGUGCUGCUGCUUUUUCACUGUGCAACAAUGCCCUUGGCUGGCCGCCAAGCAGCCUCCUACUCUGCUUGCUGAGGGUUGGGAGAUGCGCUGACCUUCCAGGAGCCUGGACACCCACCCUGCCCACAUUGCCGGGUUGUGGCUACAGCUACAGAUUAAAAAAACCUUGUUUUCCAGAA